UAAAAGUCAAAGCAUUGCACAAAGUGACUUUUUAUUCACUGCGAUUAUAUGUGAUUUAUGUAAGAGGGCAUACAGAGCUGAAUGUACUCGGACAGUGCUAAAUCAAUUUAGCUUACUUGCUAUGUUGGCAGUAGUUCAAAGUUUGCUGAUGCCGGAAGACAUUGGUAGCUUGGUAGCUUACCUGAUAGUUAGCUCAUUUGAAAGUUUACAAACUAGCUACUUAAGAGACUCUGGAAGUAUGUUAACUGAUUAUCGAUUUACGAGACCAGCUAGCUAGCUAUCAAAUGACUUUAUUUCGUGGAGUUUGUUAACAUAUCCUUAUGAUAAGGGAUAGCUUGCAAGCUAGCUAGCUUGUUGUAGAUUAUUGGUUGUAGCCUAUUCGUAAUUUCUCUCUGGUUAUCUUUUUAGUUAUAAUUUGUAAACCGUAGUGACUGGUAGUGUUGAUGUCGUCACUGUAAAACAUUGCUCACAUGAAUGAUUGCAUGUAAGGCGUGACCUAUUUGGUCCAGUCAUCCCAGUCAUCCCAGGGGGAACAGCAAUGGCCUUCAGCAAAGGAUAUCGCAUUUACCACAAACUGGACCCUCCCCGCUAUAGUGUGAUUGUGGAAUCACGAAGCCAAGAAGAAUGCCUGCUGUUUGAGUCAGGAGCCGUUGCUGUUCUGUCCGCUGCAGAGAAAGGGGCUAUUAAAUCCACAUACUCUAAAAUGCUGGAUGCCUACGGAAUGCUGGGAGUCCUCCAGCUCAACCUUGGGGACGCUACACUCCACAGCAUGGUGCUAGUGACGGGGUGCAUGUCGGUGGGCAAAGUUCAGGAUUCCGAGGUGUUCCGGGUGACCUCCACCGACUUCGUGUCCCUGAGGAACGACCCCUCGGACGAGGACAGGAUCGCGGACGUCCGUAAGGUCCUGAAUUCGGGGAACUUCUACUUCGCCUGGUCAUCCAGCGGCACCAGUCUGGACCUCAGCUUGAAUGCCUAUCGCAGGAUGAAGGAGGACACCACAGAUAACCGCUUCUUCUGGAACCAGUCGAUGCAGCUGCACCUGAAGCACUACGGCGUGGACUGCGACGGCUGGCUGCUGCGGCUGAUGUGCGGCGGCGUGGAGAUCCGCACCGUCUACGCCGGGCACCAGCAGGCCAAGGCCUGCGUCAUCUCGCGCCUCAGCUCCGAGCGGGCCGGCACGCGCUUCAACGUGCGCGGCACCAACGACGACGGCCAGGUCGCCAACUUCGUCGAGACGGAGCAGGUUAUCUUCCUGGAUGACAAGGUGUCGUCUUUCAUUCAAAUCCGCGGGUCCAUACCUUUGUUCUGGGAGCAGCCAGGCAUUCAGGUUGGCUCGCACCGCGUGAAGCUGUCCCGCGGCUUUGAAGCCAACGCUCCGGCUUUUGAAAGGCACUUCAGUGAACUGAGGCGUCUCUAUGGCAACCAGCUGAUCGUCAACCUGCUGGGGAUGAAGGAGGGGGAGCACCUGCUGACCAAAGCCUUCCAGGGCCACCUGAAGGCCUCGGUCCACGCCGCGGCGGUGGGCAUGGUGAACUUCGACUACCACCAGAUGGCGCGCAGCGGGCGGGCGGAGAAGCUGCAGAGCGCGCUCAAGCCGCAGGUGGCCGGCUUCCUGGAGGACUGCGGCGUCUUCUUCUGCUCCCGAGAGGGCGGCGUGCACGGACGCCAGACCGGUACCAUACGCGUCAACUGUCUGGACUGUUUGGACAGAACCAACAGUGUCCAGGCCUUCAUUGCCUUAGAGAUGGUGCCACGGCAGCUCGCUGACCUGGGGCUGAUGGAGAAGUCCCAGCUGCUGGGCCGUUUCCAGGAGACCUUCCGCACCAUGUGGUCCCUGAACGGGGACUCCGUCAGCAAGAUCUACACCGGCACAGGAGUCCUGGAGGGGAGGGCAAAGGGUGGGAAGCUGAAAGAUGGCGCUCGGUCGGUCACCAGAACAAUCCAGAACAACUUCUUCGACAGCUCCAAGCAGGAGGCCAUCGACAUCCUGCGGCUGGGGAGCUCCCUGAAUGGCGACCUGGCGGACAAGGCCCGAGCCUUCCUGACCACCAGCAACCUCCAGGCGUCCCCCCGGGUGCUCCUGGGAAUGUGCCAGAACCAUCACAGGUACACCCGGCCCAAGCAGGUGAGGGUGUGCGUGGGCACCUGGAACGUCAAUGGGGGCAAGCAGAUCCGCAGCGUGGACUACCGCAGGCACUCGCUGGACCUCUGGCUGCUGGACGCCCCGCGCAAGGCCGGCGUUCCGGGGUUCCAAGGCAGUAAAUCCAGCCCUGUAGACAUCUACGCCAUUGGGUUUGAGGAGAUGGUGGAGCUCAACGCUGGCAACAUAGUGAGCGCCAGCACCACCAAUCAGAAGCUGUGGGCCGCUGAGCUGCACAAGACCCUCUCCAGAGACCACAAAUACGUGCUGCUGACCUCGGAGCAGCUCGUAGGGGUGUGCCUGUUCGUCUUCAUCAGGCCCCAGCACGCACCCUUCAUCCGAGAUAUUGCCGUGGACACCGUGAAAACUGGCAUGGGCGGAGCCACGGGAAACAAGGGAGGCGUGGCCAUCCGCAUGCUCUUCCACUCCACCAGCAUCUGCUUCGUCUGCUCCCACUUCGCUGCCGGCCAAUCACAGGUCAAGGAGAGGAACGAUGACUACAGCGAGAUCUCCCGCAAGCUCAGCUUCCCCAUGGGCAGGCAGCUGCAGUCUCAUGAUUACAUUUUCUGGUGCGGGGACUUCAACUACCGCAUCAACCUGAGCGGGGAGGAGGUGAAGGAGCUGGUGAGGCAGCAGAACUGGGAGGUGCUGACCGCCAUGGACCAGCUGCUGGAGCAGAAGGAGGCGGGAAACAUAUUCAAAGGUUAUAUUGAGGGACCGAUAGAUUUCGCGCCCACCUACAAGUACGACUUCAUGUCAGACGUGUACGACACCAGUGAGAAGUGUCGCGUCCCUGCGUGGACUGACCGCGUGCUCUGGAAGAGAACCCAGUGGAACUUCGAGAACUCCGUUGAGGAGGUGAAUCUGGUUAAUACGGCUCAACAUGGCGGGAGUCCUGGGGCUCUCCUGUACUACGGCCGGGCGGAAAUCAAGACCUCCGACCACAGGCCGGUGGUGGCCAUCAUGGACGUGGACGUGCUGGAGGUGGACCCCGAGGCCCGGCGGCGGGUGUACGAGGAGGUGAUCGCGGCCCAGGGCCCGCCGGACGGGACCGUGCUGGUGUCGGUCUGCGACUCCCGCGAGGGGGGCGACUUCGACGACGCCCUGGUCGACCACCUGCUCGGCGAGUUCGAGGCGUUCGGGGAGGUCGUUCUCGUCAGGUUUGUGGAGGAGAAGAUGUCGGUGACAUUUCUAGAAGGUUACUCUGCUCUGGACGCCCUGUCGCUGAGUGGCACCACUAUCCAGGGGAAGACCGUCCUGGUCCAGCUGAAGAGCCCGCGCUGGAUGCAGAGCCUGGAGCAGGAGACGAGCGCCGACAGCGUCUGCGGGGAGGUCCCGUCCCCCUGCGGCUCCGCCCUGCUGGCCGAGGACACGCACCUGGGGGUGGAGUACGAGGAGGAGGAUGACGAGGAUGAUGACGCUGUGGAGGAAGAGGAGUUUCUGCCCUCGACCCUGCAGCCCGGCCUGGGGAGGGGUCCCGGGACGUCCCCCGCUCCCUCGCCCCGGAGCAGUCCCUGCCCCUCCCCCACUCAGGACGACCCGCCCCCUACCACCUGGUACAUCCCAGCACCCUACUCCUCCUCAGGACCUCCUCAAGACCGGCCUGUGGACCUCCAUUCCGUCAGCACCACCUGUGCUGAGAAGCUGGAGCCCAAACGACCUCCUCCCCCUCGCCCCAGCGCGCCCCCCGCCCGCCCAGCGCCCCCCCAAAGGCCCCCGCCUCCCUCAGGCCGGGGGCAGCCUGCUGCAGGGCCUGGUCCCAAAGCAGCACCCAGACUGAACCUUCCCCCACUGCUUGGACCCACGAGGCCAUCAGGCCACCCUGGGGCCCCUAGACCUGCCCCUGAGGUUCAUCCAGGGGCCCCUCAAGUCCUCCCAGAACCCCAAACCGCUCCAGCAGGGCCUCCGCUUGAGCUGCCCUUGCUUCCUGAGCCUCUGAUGCCUCAACGAGCAUCUCCCCUGCAGCCUCAGCUGGCCAUGCCUCCUGUUAAGCCCGCCCCCGACCCUAUUCCCCCGCCCCCAUCGAGACCCCUCCAAGAUCCUAAACUCACACCCCCACCAAGACCCCCUCCAGAUCCUAUACUCCCGCCCCCUCCAAGACCCCUCCAAGAUCCUAAACUCCCACCCCCACCCCGACCCCUCCAGGAUCCUAUACUCCCACCCCCACCCGACCCCUCCCAGACCCCCUGCUCCCGGCGCCUCUGGUUCCCCUCCUGGCCCAGUCAGCCCCCACCCUGCAGUCGGCGUCUCUUCCGGCUGCCUCCGUCCACACCUCGCUGACCCUGCCCGCACGCAGCCGCCCCUCCUACACCUCGCCCCCCGAGCCCACCACCACCACGUCCCAGACCAAUGGGAUGAUCAGAAGCCAGAGUGACGCCCAGUUCAGAGGCAGCCCCUUGGACACGUUUUCCACCGCCUGGCUCAACACCCAAUCCCUGACCAGAAGCUCGUCGCUAAGGCCCGCCCACAGCCCUACGCUGGAG